AUGGUAGGAAUGUUGACUCAAAAGCGACAUGUUGCUAGGAUAGAUUUGCUUGAUUCGCAAAUAUACGAUAAUAACCUUGUAGGAAUAGCCGAACCCUUAUGGAAUGCAUUAUACAAUUCUUCUCAAAUUUCAGAGAAUGGAGAUAACACGUCCAAAAACUACUCCCUCAAUACAUACCUUUGCGUCGCUUUGACUCCUGCAGAUGCCGAUAGAAAUUUGCAUCUAGGGGAACAAAAAGAUAUACAUGACAUGUCUUUGAUAAAAUCCACCAUUGUCUUUGCACAAUCAUGUAAGAUAGGACCCGAAGAGGAAAAUUUAUGUUAUAUUGCAAAGGAAUUUGCAAUGCAGAAUAACAUCCAUAAGGGCAUGUCAGUUGAGAUAGAAGUAACGCGUCCUAUUGCGUUAGAAGAAGUGAUUUUAGGUGCCUUGACGUCUGACGCAUAUGAAUUAGCCAUAAAAAACCCUCACAUUCUCACAGUCUCAUUCCAAACAACGCCUCCAAUCCUCCUCCGCCAUACCCAAAUCUUCAACGUAUAUCCGAAUCUAUCUUCUCCGUCUUAUCGCGUCCUAAUGUCAAAUCCAGUUCUCCAGGGCAUUGUUUCUCCAUCAACGAACUUUAUCGUUAUCGAUCUCUCUUCUUCAUCAUCUUUCCUCCCUACAACGCCUGCACCCGUCACCAACUCCAAUCAAAUUCUACCGUACUCUACUGACGUAGAGCUAAAAGAUAAUUUAAUUACUAAUUUAAUACACGGUUUAGACUUACAACAUAGUGUGAAUUAUUUUCCGUUGCCGGAUUUGACAGAAGGUGAUAGGAGCAAGUCGGGGGAGGAAACUGAGGAAGAAAGUAUUGGAUCUGUAGACGAUGAAGAAGACUUGGAAGAAGCUAGUAGGCAAGGAGAAACUGGAAUGAUCAGAAGGACUAGGAAGGAAGAAGUCCAAGGAGUGAAAUUCUAUCCGAUCGCAUUAGAGGAGCCAUUGCCGAUUUCCGUUUGGCAACCGAGACCAAAGGAGAAGGAUGAUUUACAUAUGAGAGUAGUAAUCAAUACAGCAGAAUUGGCCAAUUUAGGUUGCUUAAGUGGGAGUUGGGCAUUGAUUUGUAAUCCACUAAAUCAAAAUAGCAAAACACAACACUCUAGGCUUUGUCAAGUCUAUGGAGCAAAGUUGUCAAAAACACACUCUCCACCGUUGGCUUGCAUAACACCACUUCUUUACUUCAAUCUCGGGCUUAAUGACGUGAGCUCUCCUAAUAAAAUGAUUCUAAUAAAACCAAUAUCUAAGCCGCAAGAGCCGCCUCCCGUAGCAGACAGCGUCGUUGUUGCAAGAGUCGCAUCUCCUGCUACAUCAGAACCGAUCUUCUUACCCGCACUGUACGAAACUUUUAAGAAAUGGUUUGUUGAGGCUGAGCGAGUUGUUUGUGAAGGAGAUAUUGUUUCUAUACCAUUUGAUGAGGAGACUGUCCGUUUACGGCCGAAGAAACAGGGCAGUGAAGAUCUCGAAGAAAUCCAAAUACCGACUGCACCAAGUCAAUCAACAGCUGUUCUACAUUUCAAAAUUACUGAAGUCAAAUCGUCCGUCAAAACUUCCCGACAUAGACCGGGUAGGCGCAUAAAUCAAAACAAAACCCUUCUAAAUCAAGCUGGUCUUGAACACUCUCGUGUUCCGUCCAUCAGACAUUACUACAACAUCAAAAGCGAUGCUCCUUUAUGUCCACCGUCAGGAUCACCAUUAACAUCUCGUGGAACACCAUAUGGCAAGCUAUACGAUAUUGUGUCUUCAUGUCUCGAUCCAAAAGCAGCAUCCCUGAAUCUCACUUGUACCGUGCUUGUACAUGGACCGCGCGGAUGCGGGAAAAAAACCGCUGUAGAAUGGGUUGCUGAGAGUGUCGGUGUGCAUUUAUACGAAGUUAAUUGUUUUGACUUUGCAGGUGAAAGUGAUACUAAGACUGAACAAUCGAUUCGCUCGAGAUUUAACAAGGCUCUUACGUAUUCGCCUUGUAUUUUUUUGCUCAAGCAUAUCGAUGCACUAGCAAGGAAGUCAGUUGCACUUGAGACAGGGCAAGAGCCAAAAGUUGCUAUUAUGUUACAGGAUUGUUUUAAACAACUUAUCGAAGCUUUUCGACGAAUAGGACAUCCGGUACUAGUAAUCGGUACAACUGGGGACUAUGACAAAAUACCGGCUAGUGUCGUGGGCUGCUUCAGACAUGAAGUUGUAUUUGAAGCUCCAGAAGAACAAAUGAGGUUGGCUAUGUUGCAGCAAUUGACCAAAAACACUCCGCUUGCACCCGAUGUCUCAUUGCGUACGUUAGCUACACAAACAGCAGCGUUAGUGGCUAAGGAUUUAGCUGGGCUAGUAGCUAGAGCAGGUAUGGCGGCUUAUGAGCGCAUCGAUAAGGCAAUUGAAAUGAAUGGGCAAAAGAUAGACGAUACGGAUAUAGUUAAGGCUGGCAUUACGUUGACAAUGGCCGAUUUCGAUACCGCCCUUGGUCAAACACGCGCUUCUUACUCUGACAGCAUUGGUGCCCCAAAAAUUCCUAACGUUACGUGGGAUGAUGUUGGUGGAUUGGCAGAAGUUAAGAGUGACAUUCUUGAGACUAUACAAUUACCACUUGAGCACCCGGAAUUGUUUGCAACCGGGAUGAAGAAGAGGACGGGCAUACUGUUAUACGGGCCGCCUGGUACUGGCAAGACACUGCUCGCAAAGGCUGUUGCUACCUCGUGCUCCCUCAACUUUUUUUCAGUUAAAGGGCCCGAGUUACUUAAUAUGUAUAUUGGUGAAUCAGAGGCUAAUGUUCGAAGGGUGUUCCAGCGUGCACGUGAUGCUAGGCCAUGCGUUAUCUUCUUUGACGAGUUGGAUUCCGUUGCCCCCAAAAGAGGGGAGAAGGGUGAUUCUGGUGGCGUCAUGGAUCGUAUUGUUAGCCAACUGCUGGCCGAAUUGGAUGGAAUGGGACAAGCCGGAGGUGCAUCUGAUGUGUUUGUUAUUGGAGCUACAAAUAGGCCUGAUUUACUCGACCCUGCAUUACUAAGACCUGGAAGAUUUGAUAAGCUAUUAUACCUUGGAGUGAAUGAGGAUCACGAGCAACAGUUGAAGGUUAUUAAAGCAUUAACAAGAAAGUUCCGAUUGCACCCAUCGCUAAAGCUCCGUAAGAUAGCAGAGAAUUGUCCCUUUAAUUACACGGGGGCCGAUUUUUACGCUUUAUGUUCAGAUGCCAUGCUUAAUGCGAUGUCUCGUACGGCUGAGUCAAUUGAAGCUAAAGUUGCUGAAUUGAAUAGCAACCCGCAAGUAAACCUCAAGUUUCCUCGCCCUCUGACAUCCCAAUAUUACCUCGAUCAUCUCGCCACCCCGGCUGAAACUAUGGUGCAAGUCACUGAAAACGACUUUGUCAAAGCACUGAGCGAGUUGAUACCGUCUGUGUCUGAGAAAGAGCUGGAACAUUACAAAAUGGUUCAAAUGAGAUUUAAUAAGCAAGAAGAGAAUGGGGACAGAACCGAAGUGGGAGCAAGUGAUGGAAAUGGUGAAUUAGCUGGACCAUCUGGUAGGAAAGGAAAGGGCAAGGCUAAAGCCGGUUGA